CCUUCCCACUACAGACGAUCUUUGGAUGACGUAAUGACGCCGGUAUACCAGUUGAACGUAAAUUAACGCAACCUCGAUUUUACUCUCGCGCUUGUGCGCGUUGUUUGCCUCUCGAAACCUUUACAGGACUUUUCGGGAGGUCGUCAUAAGUGUUCGACUCGGAGGUUCGACGCUGUUUUUGUCUUUUUCUUGUUGUUUUACACGGAUUAAGAUCAGGUGCUUUCCUCCGCUCGAGGCCUCGACAUGUGACCAGCCGUCAGUUGCGCCGGGCUGCGCCUAUCUCUGCACUUUCGGACAAUCAAGGGGCGGAGCCCGUCUCUUUGUCAUCGCGGAGACCUUUUGGAGUCCAUGCGCGCCUCCUGUCUUCGGGGUCGCCAUGCACAUCAAGCCCGUACGCUCCGAGCUCCGUGUGAACGUUACUGCCGAACCGUCGUGUUGUCGGACGGAAGAUGCUGUUGCCCUCCUGGACAUGUGGGCCGUCAUUAAGCCGGGGCACGUGCGCGAGAAGAUUGCGCUCUUCGUGCUCUUGGCGCCAGAGCCCCCAAGGGGCGGCUCUCAAUAUGGGGAAGGCCCUCUCUCCCCACGAACCGGCAAAGUGAAGGGCAGGUGGCGUGAAAAGAGCAUCGCUAAACGACGGAGGAAGUCUGCGGGCAGAGGUAACCAAAACCUCCAUCGGGACCCGGGUACCACUGCCUGGAGCAGGCCGCCAUCGCCUGAGGUGGAGACAGCGCCAUGUUGUCAGGUGGAAGACUCCGUCGCCCUCCCAGACAUGUGGGCUGUCAUCAAACCGGGGUACGUCCGCGAGAAGAUCGCACUCUUUGCGCCACCUGAAGUGGAGACGGCGCGGCAGACUGUGUCGGUGGGUGCCACGGUGGCGUUUCUGGAAGAGCGCCGCGCUAGCAGACGUCACGCUCAACUCAGCGUGGCCAGGACUGAGGACCUGGAGAGCGUGAGGGUGUCAGACAUGGUGGCCAAGCUGGAAUGUCUGCAGCAUCGCAACGAGGAGUUGCAACUAAGGAGGCCGCUGUCAUGUCCGCCAGCCGUUUCAGACCCCGAGUUGAUUGUACAUCCGAGAUACUCCCACUCAGAUGGCGCCGCGGUUCUGGAGAUGCUGCCCUCACUCGAGGAGACGGAACCUAUUCCAGGGUUAUUGUUUCUCUCCACCCCUUCGCCAUCGCCUGCUGUUUCGAAUCAUAGCCUGACACCGAUUGUACAUCAGAGGUCGCCUCCGUCUCUGGAAAAGCCGUCCUCGCUGGAGGAGACGGAACCCCCUCCUGGGUUAUUGUUUAUGUCCACCCCUUUGCCACCGCCGUCCCUGAAGGCGGAGCAGGCGGAGACGGCCAAAGACUUCCCGGAGAUGAGACGGCAACUAUGCGAAGUCCCGGAGGCGCUACCCGAUCCAGGCACUCCAUCGCUAGCCGCACUGCCACCUGACGUUCUGCUGGCCGUUUUCGCGCUGCUCCCCACCCGCGCGCUAGCGGCGCUCAAGUGCUCGUGCCGUUACUUCAAGUUCAUCAUUGAGAACUACGGCGUCCGACCCGCCGACUCCCUAUGGGUGUCCGACCCCCGCUACCGCGAUGACCCCUGCAAGCGAUGCAAGCGGCGCUACGUCCGUGGCGACGUGUCACUGUGCCGCUGGCACCGCAAGCCGUACUUCCAAGCACUGCCGGACGGGCCCGGGUUCUGGAUGUGCUGCCCUGCCUGGCGCCGGGACGCCCCCGGCUGCAGCACGGGGCUCCACGACAACCGCUGGGUGCCAUCCCACCGCAGCGUCGCUGUCUGCCACGGUAACGUAGAUGGCUGAACAUCUUUUUUUUUUGCCAAGUUUUGGAUAAGACUUUUCUGCAGAACUGGAAGUUGCAUUAUGGUCAGCACACUCAUGUGGUUGUGGUGGGGAAUGCAAGGCAAAGAUGGACAUUUUGUAUUUUUUGCUUGUAUGUUGUUUACGUGUACAGAAAUGACUUAAGAAAGCCGCGUGAUUGCCUUGGAGAUGUUGCAAUAAAAAGAAAGAUUUAAAAUUAGAAUUUCAGUUGUUCCCUUCACUUUUUCUAUGGCUUUUUGAUUUUUUUUUUUUUGUUUGUCUGGUUACAUACCAAAAAUUAAAUGAGUACACGCUACGGUCUUCAAUUGUAAGGGUUUUAAAUUGCACCGGGUGCAUGAAUAAACAAGUUCAACACUACAUUGUAUUUUGGACCGUUUUAGAAGCACAGCAGCGGUAGGAAGUGGGUAGCUUCGGCCUAGUUCUCAGUUCCGUGUUGUAAGGUCGUGAGGUCAUCUAGAAGUGUGAAGUAGUUGUACUUGAUGUCAAAGUCCAUGUCGUACCAGAAGUUGACUGCAAAAAAAAAAACGCAAGUGUGAGAGAGAUGUCAAAUCAGCUUUAUAUUCACCUACAUUUGGCUAGGUGUCAUCUAAAAAUGUUUAUUUUCCAAAAAAGAACAUGGCCAACAAGGCUCAAGGACGAACCUUAUAUUUUAAUGUGUGGAAUUUCACAUUUUAAUGAGAAGUUUCGCUUCUUUAAUGUGAUAAAUUUCACAUUUCACCUUGAGAAAUUAAACAUUUUAACAUAAAAUUCCAGUUUAACAUUAGAAAUUUCAUAUCCUUACGUGAUAAAUUUUAAAUUCUAAAUGCAAAAUUUUAUAUUUUUAACAAGAGAAACUUCCCAUUUUAAAGGGACUACAUGGGAUUUUUAGAGUUCAUUUAAAAUACUGUUCUCCACCAAUGCCCUAAUUGGUACACAGAGCCCUGAAAUUUUGACUAGGACUGCCCCAAAAAGCCCUUUUCAUCCUUCAAAAGAGAGUGAUUCGACCACGCGCCUGUACAUAUCCCUGCCGCUGUAGUGGUGUUUCCUCUCCACGUGGCAGAAACACUUUCGUAACCCACUUAAGACUUGCUAAUAAUUGUUUUUACGUUUCUGGAGAUGAUUUGAUGUGCCCCCAAGCUCCACCCCUGACCCCCACCAAGUUCAAAUGGAUUAGAUGUCUAUCGCCUUUAAUGGCAGUCAAUGAGUUAAACUCAGGAAAAUUUUAUUCUCGUUUUAGUGGAUACCUGCAAUGCAGCCAUGCGACUGGCGCACGUGGUGAAACCACAGUGACGGAAGGUAGAGCAUUUCCCCCGCCUUCACGCUGCAGUGCAGCGGUCGCGCUUGCCGAUACAUGGGGUAGUUCUCAAAGUCUGGAUCCAGGGGGUCCAAGGGGAUCCACGGCACCUGUGUGUAGCCCAGGAAAAAAAGAACACUUACUCAGUGAGUCCCUGGGUUACAAUGUCCUUGACCUAAAACUUUUCGACGCCCGUGCCUUGCCCGACUUUUAGUCCGCAGCACCAUAGUUUGUUUGGCCAGGUGCAGUGCGACAAUAUAUCGAAAAGGUGAUAUAUUGCGAUACUUUGUAGCCCAAAAGAUUAUCGAUAUGCUCCCGCCAAGAUUUGUCACUAUUUACCCGUAUUGGCACCCCUGCAAUUCUGUCACAUAUUGCUGAAUUUCUCCCAGAAAAUGAUUGCAAUUACAAAUGCUUUGGUAGUAAUAACUUCAUUUAUUUUGCUUGCAAUGAAAAAAAAAACAAAAGAGAAUGGGGAAAAAAAUCAUUAUCAUUUUGCACAAAACUCAAAAAAUGGGCCGGACGAAAGUAUUGGCACCCUCAGCCUAAUACUUUGUAGCACAACCUUUAGAAGAAAUGACUGCGAACAACCGUCCAUCAAUGAGUUUCUUACAAUCCUCUGCUGGAAUUUUAGACCAUUUUUCUUUGGUCAACUGCUCCAGGUCUCUGGGAUUUGAAGGGUGCCUUCUCCAAACAGCCAUUUUCAGAUCUCUCCACAGGUGUCCUAUCGGAUUCAGGUCUGGACUCAUUGCUGGCCACUUUAGAAGUCUCCAGUGCUUUCUCUCAAACCAUUUUUUAGUGCUUUUUGAAGUGUGUUUUGGGUCAUUGUCCUGCUGGAAGACCCAUAACCUCUCAGGGAGACCCAGCUUUCUCACACUGGGCCCUACAUUAUGCUGCAAAAUUUGUUGGUAGUCUUCAGACUUCAUAAUGCCAUGCACGCGGUCAAGCAGUCCAGUGCCAGAAGCAGAAAAGCAACCCCAAAACAUCAGGGAACCUCCACCAUGUUUGACUGUGGGGAUGGUGUUCUUUUCUUUGAAGGCCUCAUUUCCCCCCCUGUAAACUCUAUGUUGAUGCCUUUUCCCCAAAAAGCUCUACUUUUGUCUCAACCGACAAGAGAACAUUCUUCCAAAACGUUUUUGGCUUUCUCAGGUAGGUUUUGGCAAACUCCAGCCUGGCUUUUUUAUGUCUCUGGGUCAUAGGGGACGCCGACGGACACUACGGGUUGACACUGUUGUACCCUCGGACUCCAGGACAGCUUGAACUUGUUCGGAUGUUAGUCGAGGUUCUUUAUCCACCAUCCGCACAAUCUUUGGUUAAAAUCUCUCGUCAAUAUUUUCCGUCUACUUUUAGGGAGGUUAGCCACAGUGCCAUGGGCUUAACACUUAUUGAUGACACUGGGCACUUGGACACAGGAACAUUCAGGUCUUUGGAGAUUGCCCAUGCGUCCUCACAACUUUGCUUCUAAAGCCCUCAGACAGUUCUUUGGUCUUCUUUCUUUUUUCCAUGCUCAAUGUGGUACACAAAAGGACACAGGACAGAGGUUGAGUCAUCUUUAAUCCAUUUUAGCUGGCUGCAAGUGUGAUUUAGUUAUUGCCACCACCUGUUAUGUGCCACAGGUAAGCGACAGGUGCUGUUAAUAACUCAAAUUAGAGAAGCAUCACAAUUUUCAAAGGGUGCCAAUAGCCCAUUUUUUUUAGUUUUGUGUAAAAUGAAAAUGAUCCCCCCCCUCCCCCCAAUUCUCUCUUGAAAGGUGGAAAAGCACUAUAUAAGUAUAACACCAUUUACCAUUUGUGGGUUGUUUUUUUUUAUUGCAAGCAAAAUCAAUGAAGAUAUAGUUGCAAUCAUUUUCUGGAAGAAAUUAAGCAUUAUCUGACAGAAUUGCAGGGGUGCCAAUACUUUUGGCCAGCAGUGUUAAAAAAAAAGAAAAGAAAAGGAAUCGGCUAGCUGCCAUAGACUGCGCUAGAUUUCCAAUUGAUUUGGACUGGUUUGGACGAGUAGCGCCAUUAGUGGCACUGAAACCAGAGCUUUCACAGUCAGUCUUAUGGGCAUUUACAGGUCACUUCCUGUUCAUUUUAGGGAUUUAGAGGUUACUUGUCCCUUCCGAUUCAUUUGGGGACAUUUUUGAGUCACUUUUUAGUAACCCCAAAUCAACAGGAAAUGACGUGAAAUGCCCCAAAAUUAACUCAUUGCCUGGAAUUGGCCAAGUAGGUUGAGCUGCUGCCCAUAGUACUCGCGAGGCACAGUUAGCGGAUGACGAACGUUUGAUCUGACUGAGCUUUGAAAGCAGUGGGCGUGGUUGUCGGAUGACGAACGCUUGAACAAAUUGGUUGUUGAUAGCAAGGGAUAAGAGCUCAAGCUGGUCAGAAGAGGUCACUCUUCAGGGAAGACACAAAACCAUUCUUCCAGCAUCUGAUUUUAGAACUAGAUAGUGUUUAUUAAUCCUUUCAAGUCAUAUACAGUGGUACCUCUACUUAUGAACUUCUCUACAAACUAUAUUUUCAGUUUACGACAACCGGGAAAAUGCCUCUUGUUACGAGUGAAUUUCAUGUUACGAAAGGCAAAAAUAAAGCAGUUUUGGGAGCUGCUUGUAUGGGCAGCUACUCGCUGCUCCCAGUUUACUGAAAGUGAUGUACUCAUACUCUGCCAUUGAGUAUUGCCGAGCAUCUUCCUGGCAUCCAGUUGGCUAACACUGUACUACAAUGUAUGUAUGUGAUGUCCUCUUCAUUAGCACUUCCGGCUGUGAGGUCUCUCAGCCGCUUCUCAUGAGCGUACGUAUCUUUUAUUUCCCAAGAAAGUGAUGGUGAAAAGAGGAAUAGAAAAGAGUUAUUUUGGCGAUACAAACAAAGCAAAAGAUAAUAAAGUAUGCAAAAGGGGUGCAUUUGGUUGAUCUCUCCAAAGAACAUGGCCGUAACACAUCAACAAUCGGCAUGCUAUUAAAACAUCGGCGCAAGAACAACACUGGGAGUUUAAGGCAUCGCGUGGAUGGUUUGAGAAGUUAAAAAAGAGGACCGGGAUUCACUCUGACCGCAGUUAAAAGGUAAAUGACCAUCAUUUUUAUUCUUUACGUUUUUUACAUGAUGCACAACUCAUUUUGUUUAUUGUGCAAUAAUCUAUUUUAACAUGUAUUUGUUAAAAAAUUUUAUGCUUUUUAAAAGUUUUGUGUCUAAAUUUUGGGGGGGCUUUGAACGGAUUAGGGCAUUUUCAUGGAAAACGCGUCUCUACUUACAGAAUUUUCAGGUUAAGAAACUACUUCCAGAACCAAUUAAUUCCCUAAGUACCACUGUAGUUAAAAUUUCUUUGAGAUUAUAUAAAUCAUAAUAUUCCAAGGUCUAGUUAAGUUUAGGGCUAAAGAAAUAUAUAAUUUUCUAUUUAUAUGAAAGACUGGGUAAGUUUAGGGCUCAAACCCCUAGUUAAGUUUAGAGUGAAUCGUGGUAAUCAGGUUCUUUAUUAAAGGUGUUACAUGUAAAUGGGUAAGGUUGAUUUCAAGAAUUUGGAAUAGUUUAAGCUAAAGAAGUUCCUAAACAAUUAAUUGGGUAUCAAAAUAAUUUCCAAUUAAUUUGCUAAUCGAUUAGUUGUCAAUUAGUUGUUGCACCCCUAUUGUCUAGCCAAGCAAAACUGUACGCAAGUCUAAUGUUUGUGGACAUCAUACCUUGAACCAGUUACUACGAACCUAGAGUCCAGGAAUGACCUACGAAACUCGAACGUACCUUCUGGCUGUUUUUCUGGUCCACCACUUCAAAGUCACCAUCUUCCUUCUGCCUGUAAACUGCGGGCUGGUAGAGACCUGGACACAUGCCAGUAUAGAUUACUAUGGUUUGUAUAUUAAUCAGAGGUGGGCAGUAACACGUUACAUUUACCCAAGCAAUUUUUGAUAAAAAUGUAUAAGAGUAGUUUUACCACACCAUACUUUUUACUUGAGUAUAUUUCUGAAGAAAAAAAACACUACUCUUACUCCUCUACUUUGGGCUACACUAAAAUCCUUACAUUUUUCCCCUUUAUUAUACAUAUAGGAUUUUACUUUAGUUUUGCUAGAGUUACGAACAGUGGCUCACUAAACAGUUUCACUAAAGAGCCGUCGCAAAAAUAAUCACAUGACUCCGUGAUACCAAUUAGACGUAACAAUAGUCACAUGACCACACACAAGCUUGUAUUCGGAAGUCCUUUGAUCACGCCUGUAAAAAAUAAACUGUUUCACAUAGAACGCUGCCCUC